AUAGUGCAACAAAGAGGAGUCGGUAUCUAACACAGUAACAUAGAUAUGGGUUGAAGACAGCUCUAAAUGAUAAAGAUAAUACUACUACUAGUCCAUUUCACAGCAGCUGUAUCCAUAAAUGAAACACCUCAAGUGAAUAACUGUUUGAUUGUGGGAAACGUUCCAUGCAAAAUAACGCCAGUGGAAACGCGACUGAACGGUAUCAGAGAUGAAAGUGAAACACCGCAUCUAUUUGAUUCCAAUCUAGCAACAUUUGUAAAAGUAAAUCCGGAAACUGCCAAGGAGUUGUCUUGGAUUGAUCUUGACUUAGGUGGUCUGCAUCACGUGACCAGGAUUGUCAUCUACCAGAUAUUCUCAUUAGAUGCUUGCGGAGGGACUCAAUCUGAUUGGUGUCUCGAGAGUGAUUCAAAUUAUAAAAAAUGUAAAACUAAGUUCUACAAUAAUACUGUAAUUGAUGCAUACAAAAACAAGGGCAGAGUUGCGAACGUAGGGAAACUUGAACUAAACAAUGGUCCUACACUAACCGAUCAAACCUACACUUUUGAUACAAACUUCAUUGGUGAUCAGCUGAUCCUGCAAAAGGGAUCCGGAACCAUCUCAAUAUCGGAGAUAAUAAUCAUGGGUACUGCCGUAGACCCAGACGAGGAGUCCUGUCCAAGAGGUUUUAUAAAGUUACAGUUAAAGUGUGAUGAUCCUGAAGCUGACAAAUGCAGGGAAUAUCAUCUGAAGAAAAGAAUUUUUCACUGGUAGAAGAUCAGAAGAUGUGUCACAUUAGUAUUACCAUGCUUGCCAGGAACCACAUCACCCACACACAGGGGGACUAAAGUGCGAAGAAACUGCUGCUAACUGCUGCUAACUACAGCUUCUAACAGCUAACUGCAGUUUGAACCCACAUAGUUUACAACUUCAAGUUCAAUGUCUAUGCUUACUCGGACUUUUGUCCAACUCUCAAAUCCCAACACUUAAUUUAUUGAUGAGAUUUAUAAAACUGAACUGCAGCGGCAAUCUUUUCAUUUCAAAUUUAGGAGUGUUGACUUAAUAAUCGUGCUUUUCGGAAGUUAGAUUUUGAAAUAUCGAAACGAGAACGAUAUA